UUCGAGUCAUGCUCGUAUUCGAGAGAAUGUCCUUAGCAACACAACCGUAGCUUGAAUGCUCACUGUUCUCAUGAGUUGGGGUUAGGGUUAAACACUUUUAUCCCAGCGCGUCAAGCGCGUCUUCCCUCCAACUCCAACUUAUCAGCAGCAGGUCCCGCCCAGUUGCUCACCAACCAGCACCUCCUUCCAAUUUUAUGCCACCAUGUAAACAUACACCAUCCCCAUAGCCAUUUCCUUUUUAAUAUCCACACACACGGGCGCCAUGCCAACACCCCAAUCCCAUCAAAACUAAAAUGCCCAACCCUAACCCCGCACCACCACCACCACCACGACCCAUCACCAAAAGAAGAACAGAAAAGGAACCCGAACAAAAAGAAGAAGAAAACACAAACCCAAUCAUCUCCCUCGACCCAACAAACCCCCUCGACCCGAAACCGCUCAUCUCCGACAUCCUCCGCACCCGCUACUGCGUCCCGGGCUCCGUCUUCCUCGUCGAGUCCGUCGAGGCUAGCAUCCCGGUUUCCGUGCCUGAUUCUACUUCCGGCUCUGGUCCUGGUUUGCGGAGUGGGCGUCGGUCGCGGCGGGGGAAAGGGGAGCGUGCGGUGAGGUUGCUGCUGGGGGACGGGGAGCUGUGUGUGCAGGCUUUUGUGCGGGGGGAAAUUCAUUGUUUUGUGGAUGGGGGUGGGGUGUAUGAGGGAUGUUAUGUGAGGUUGGAUCGGUUUUGGUUGGGGGAGGUGGAGGGAGGGGUCGUGUAUUUGGUUGUGGGGGACAUGGUUACGGUUGGGUGGAAUGAGGAGUAUCUUGGGGUUUUGAGGAGGGAGAGGGAGGAGGUGGAGAGGGAGAGGCGGUUGGAGCUUGGGGACAGGGAGGGUGAUGCUGGACAGGCAGAAGGGGGGGUGGUUGCGGGAGAUGAUGUUCGAGAGGAUGUGGCGGGAGAGGCGGAGGAGUACGAGGAUGACGAGCUCAUAGAUCAACUGAUGGCAGUUGAAGAAGUGGGGGGAACUACAGGCGCCGCAACGGAAGAGACAGCCAUCACAAAUCCGGACGGAGCCCCGGGAGUCGACCCUACAAAACCCACAUCAGAGGAUCCUAACGAGCUAGACUACAUCUCCGACUCGGACUCGGCCUUUGAAACCCUCACCGUAUCCGCCGAACGUGCGUCACAACGCCGCAUUGUCACCACCACUUCCGACCCUCGACAGGAACUCCAAGCAUCCAUCAUCAAGCAGAACCAAGAAGACCACCUCCGCCCUCAAAGCCACCAGCAUACCCAAGCACAACCACACUUACAACCACAACCACCACAACCCCCACAACAACAACUCCAACUCCAACCCCAACCCAUCACCAAACAACGCCCCUGGCUCCCCACCUCGGCCACGCAAUUCGUCAAACUCACGCCCCUCUCCCAAAUCCCACACCUCCCCUACCGCCAAAACUGGAUGGUCAACGUGCUCGCCGUCACCACCUCCCUGUCAGCCGUCGAGCCCUCCCACAUCGGGCCCUCCUUCGUGCAGCGCACGGCGCGGCUCGCCGACAUGAGCACGCCCAAGCGGGUGCUGCUGACCGUGUACCUGGACCCGGAGGGGUUCACGCCGCGCGAGGGGGCGGUGGUGUUGCUGUUGGGCGUCAAGAACCACCUGUUUGAGGGGGGUGCGCUGCGGAAGUACGUUAGUGAUGGGCUGGCGGGCGGGGAGAGUUGGUGGGUUGGCGAGCCGGGUGGGUUGGGGUGGUGCAGGGCGGGCGUGGAGAGGUUGCGGAGUUGGUGGGCGGAGAAGGUUAGGGAGGAGGGGGGUGGAUAG